GAGAAUCUCACGCGACGAGUCACCUUCACAGAUAUCUCGCUUUCCGCAGGGCCUAUUCAGACAUCACAUCUGCAAGUCAUGACAUCUAUAUGCUCACUUUCUUUGCGCACCCUCGAACAAAGUGGCGUUCUCGACAUCUCGGAAUGCGGCACUCCCUGCAGAUAUCGCCUCAUCGACUGCGCCGACUACGUCCGUGCCGACAAGCUGACCAUCUACGAGUACACGAGCUUUCCCACUGAUACAUAUGCAACCGUGUCCUAUGUCUGGCGAGGCAACGCACCCGACCAGGAUUUCGCUGGGCCCGUAUUCUCUGUGACGGGCGCGGAAGAUGGCGAUCCCAUCGGGUUCGAAGUGCUCCGUGAGGCCUGCAUUGCAUCUAUGGCUCGUGGAGCGACGCAUGUCUGGCUUGAUCGCCUCUGCAUCAUGCAGACCAGCAAGGCCGAUAAACGAUGGCAGAUUCGUGAGAUGUAUACCAUAUAUCGUUCUUGUCACGUCUGUGUCGUCGCACCUGGCGGCAUACAGCGUCUCGUUCGCCUUGACGAGGAAACCCAGUGGAUCCACCGAGGCUGGACGCUACAGGAGGCAGUUGCUCCACCUAUUGUCGUCGUCCUGUUUUCCUGGAGGCUUGGUGGUUGCAGGGUGCGCGCAGGAGACAAUCCUGGGGUUGUUGAGGAGGUCACUCCAAGCAAAUCGGCAAUGGCACCCUUGUCCCUUAUCGUCGACGCCUGCACUACUGGUAGUCUCUCCAUCGAGGACAGAACUACGCUGCUGAUGGAAGUCAAACUCUUCAGCUCGCAUCCCUCCGACCAAUCAUUCCGUGACUUUCCUUUCUGGAGACCGACCCGCAGAGUUAUGUCUCCCAACGUCGGCGCCCUCGCACGCGCAAUGUCGAAGGAUUUCGAUCAAGACAUCAAAGACCACUCGAUCUGGCAGAGUGCCCUCAUGCGGACCUCGUCACGUUCUGUCGAUAUGGUCUUCAGCAUCAUGGGACUCUUCGGCGUCACGCUCGAUACUUCACAGUUUCACGAAAACGAUCGUGCGGAGGCUACGAUUGCACUCGCUCGUGCAAUUCUCGCGCAGGGCAGGCGCGUCACCUGGCUCGCCGCCGCAUUUCGCGUUUUGCCUUCGCAGCGCAUCUCCACCUUUCCCAUCUUCCCUCGCACAUCUGUCUCCGGCAAGGCUUACAUGAGGAUCCAAGGAGGUCUGCAAGAAGUCUCAUUGCUCAUGGAGAACGAGUACCCUAUUGCGGAGGCGUUGGUCCCCAUGCCGUGUGCUACCAUGGACCAAGAAGGGUAUUUGACGCUCACCACGAAAGCCGUUCGUGUUCAGCUGUCAACAGCAGAUGCAGGAGCCUCUUCGAACGUGGCAAAGCCAAUGCAUGUGAAGGCCGUGGACGAUUCCUUGUGGGAGAUCCAAGAGGACGACGACAUCAUGGAGGGAGAAGCAUUCGCAGUCCUUGUCGGCUUCUUCGUCGGCUAUUAUCCUGGCGGUACUCCUGCACAUGACGCCAACAAUAUCCGCGCCAUGGUGGUUCAGAAGCACGCACCGGAUAAGUUCCAUGUUUGCUCAUACCUCAUGUUUAGCCGUAGCGCUAUGCGCUGGGUUAAAACCUGGUCGGAGCGUACGUUCAGCAUCGGGGGACCCGCUACAGAGGCUGUUGAGGAUGAAGGAGAGGAGCUGCCGAUUAUCUCAGCUACCAGAGACCAGUAUUUGAACAAUCCACAAAGCCAGCUUUACGACGCUUCGCCAUUGGAGGGCCAAGUCAUCCGUCGCGCGCGAUGGGCUGUACCGCAGAAGGUCCUGGAGCGAGAGCACGCAGAAAAAUAGACGCGACUGCGAGACGUAACUUCUUCCCUUUAUUUUAUUCACUCAAUACGAUGUUCAUGUAUUCGCAGACCCAUCUCUCACCCGUAGCACAUAUCAUGUAUUAUAGAACAGAAUUCUCUUUCCUACUGGC